AUGGAGGAGGACAAAGAUGGGCCGACCCCACCCUGCCGGAAUAUCCACCUCCGCCGAGGCCAGCCGCUGCCGCCAAUUCCCCAAGGCCCCGAGACCCGGCUGGGUUUCUUGGACAUGUUGGGCGGCUCGUCGUCUUCUGUAUUCGAAGACCUUCUCCGGAACAUCACGGCCGGGGGCCCCACGAUGUCCGACGAUGCGGCGGCGGCGCCGCCGCCGGAAUAUUCCGAGGUGGUGACUGCUCCGGCGGCUGCCGUCUCGUCGUGUUCUGCGUCGUCCUCUUCAACCGAGGGCAAGAAGAAGAACGAAGUCGAAGAUGAAGAAGGAGACGAAGGGCCCUGUAAGGAAAAGACUAAGAAACAUCUGAAGCCGAAAAAGAAGAACCAGAAGAGGCAAAGAGAACCCCGAUUCGCGUUCAUGACCAAAAGCGAUAUCGACAACUUGGACGACGGCUAUCGGUGGCGAAAGUACGGCCAAAAGGCCGUGAAAAACAGCCCUUUCCCAAGGAGCUACUACCGUUGUACAAGCACAUCAUGUGGAGUGAAGAAACGAGUCGAGAGGUCGUCCGAGGAUCCGUCGAUUGUUGUCACAACUUACGAGGGCACGCACACUCACCCGUGCCCCGUCGCGCCACGUGGCGCCUUCGGUUUUUCCCUCCCGGAGCCCCGCUUUUCGGACCCGACCCUAACCUUCAAUCCCUUCCGUUUCCACCAAACGACGCAGCCUAACAACGACAUCUUCCGACAACCCUAUUUUCAUAAUAAUAAUAACAAUAAUAAUCCGGCAGGGUUUUCGCCCCUUUUCCCGGUGGAAAGACCGUUUCGCCCCUCGGCCUCCUCCUCGUCUACUUCGACUCAGCCGAGGGAUCAUGGCCUUCUUCAGGAUAUGCUGCCAUCUCAGAUGUUGAAGGGUCCAAAUAAUAAGGAUAAUUAG